AUGAAGGGCCUAUUCAACUCGAAAAAAUCCCCAAAGAAACAAACUGCAGGCGAUAGCAGCGAAUCUCACUACACCCCUAAUUACCAAGAUAAACCACAACCUCAAAUCCCUCGUUCGGAGCAGACUUCACCCGUAAAGUCAUCUACCAGCUCUACUAGAUCGUCCCCCACCAAAAAGCCCUUGCGCCCCGCAUCGCCUUCCCAGCGGGAGCAGCCUAAAUCGCGAACUUCUCGCUCUUUUGCGAGACAUUCGUCCGACCAGGGUUCUUUUUCAAGGCGGAGUAAAAUCGACACUGAUACUCAUCCUCUGAACUUGCCUCCCGAGGAGCUCAAGCGCUUAUCUGCUCAGUAUAAUAUGAACAGUAGGAAAUCCGUUGAUAAGAUGGACCUCGACAAAGAUACCCCGGCCGUCCCUCCGACCUCGCUACCUCCUGUACAAACUCAAUCUUUCACUAUCCCCGUCAAUCCCUCUCCCACCAAUGGGGUAAAGAAAGAUGCGAAUGAUGAGACCGAAGGCCCGGCUCCUCCGCCUCACAGGUCAAACCCCUCUAGCCCGGUCCCCACCGAUGCGGAAGCGGCCGAGGUUCACAAGACCGACGGAAACAGGUUCUUCAAGCAGAAGGACUAUUCACGGGCCAUUGCUGAGUACACAAGUGCUAUCCAGCUUAUGCCUAAUGAACCUACCUACCUGAGCAACCGUGCUGCGGCUCUUAUGUCUGACCGCCAAUAUGAGGCUGCUCUGGAAGACUGCAUUCGUGCUGUAGACUUGGAUCCUCACAACCCUAAAUACUUACUACGUUUGGCCCGUAUUUACACCAGCUUAGGACGUCCUGAGGAGGCAAUGACUACCUUCGGACGUAUCCACCCUCCUGCUUCUGCCAAGGAUAUGGCUGCCGCUAGGGAAAUGCAGCAUCACGUUCGAGCAGCCCAGGACGCCCUUGAACGCGGUACCAGCGGUUCCAUGGUUUUGCAUGCGUUGGAUCAGGCCGAGAAGUUGCUCGGGCCCGGAGCGAGCAAGCCCAGAAAGUGGCAGCUAAUGCGAGGCAAUGCAUACCUCAAGAUGGGAGGUGCUAACUCAUUAGGAGAGGCGCAGAAUGUCGCAAUGUCGAUUCUAAGACAGAAUAGCCAGGACCCGGAAGCAUUAGUACUACGAGGACGUGCUCUUUACGCCCAAGGAGAAAACGAUAAGGCCAUUACCCAUUUUCGAAAGGCGUUAAGUUGUGAUCCCGACUUCAAGGAGGGUAUCAAAUGGCUUAGAACUGUGCAGAGACUAGACAGAAUGAAGGAGGAGGGUAAUGCGGAAUAUAAGGCCGGACGGUGGCAAGCCGCUUUCGACAAAUACUCAGCUGCUCUGGAGAUUGACCCUUCUAACCGAGGUAUCAACUCGAAGCUCUACCAAAAUCGGGCGCUCUGCCAAAUCAAGCUGAAGCAAUUUAACGAGGCGAUCGCCGAUUGCGACAAAGCCAUCCAAUUGGAUCCGUCCUACAUUAAGGCCCGGAAAACGAAAGCCAACGCAUUAGGCCAGGCAGAGCGAUGGGAGGAUGCUGUUCGUGAGUGGAAAUCUAUCCAGGAGCUGGAUCCUGAAGAUCGGACCAUCCACAAGGAAAUCCGCAGGGCAGAGUUGGAGCUCAAGAAGAGCCAGCGUAAAGACUACUACAAGAUUCUCGAUGUUCCUAAAGAUGCCGAUGAGACCACUAUCAAGAAGGCUUAUCGCAAGCUCGCCAUCAGACAUCACCCGGACAAAAACCCUAAUGAUGACGAGGCCGCCGAACGUUUCAAGGAUAUUGGUGAAGCUUACGAAACCUUGAGCGACCCUCAAAAGCGUGCUCGCUAUGACAGCGGAGACGAUCUCAUUGACCCUGCCGACAUGUUUGGUGGUGGCAUGGGUGGCGGUAUGGCCGGUGGCAUCGAUCCAGAGAUUCUCUUCAGCAUGAUGAACGGCGGUGCUUCCUUCGGUGGCGCUCAAGGCUUCGGUGGCGGUGGUUACGGUGGUCGCACGCGCUCUCAGGGUUUCCCCAGUGGUUUCCACUUCGGUUGA